AUGACGUCCCCCGGCACCGAACCUGACUUUAAUGCAGUCGGUCUCCCUGUUUUUGAGGCGGCCGACGGCGUCCUCUUCGCUUUUCCGUGGGAACCGCUCGUCGUCGCCUCUUCCUUUUUCCGUGAUCUGAAGUCGCUCCCCCCUCCUACAGAGGAGCAUCAAGAUUCAUCCUCGAACAGAUCCAUCAUCCCCCUGCCGUCAGCGACUUCCAAUGGUCUCAAGGCAACCUUCCAAAUCAUUCACAGGACAACCCAUAGCCUGCCGCUUUUCGACCACCUGCCUCAUGAGGCGGAGACGUUGGUGGACAUGAACGUUAUUGCGGACGCCUACGACCUCACGAGCGUCAUUGAAAAGGUUUGCGAGGCCUACAAGAGAGCCGGAAGCUACUUUGUCCCCUUUUGUUUUGCCACGCUUGCCGAGGAGGUCGACCAAAUGAACAUCCUUAGUUUUCACCUGUUGCACGAAACAACCAAGAAAGAAGUGCCAGACUGGCUUUGCACCGUGCUCCAAGCCAACGCUCCUAUCGCCCAGGCCAAGCUCCUCCUCAUGUAUCACGUCCGUGAGACCAACCUCGACGCCAACGCUUUUAAGUCUAGAGCAGAUCACAUGCUGGAGCACAGCUACGGCGGGUUCCUCAAGAAGUGCGUACGCAACCGCUGUUCCGAGUACCGAAUUGCCGAUUCGAAGUGGUUUAUCAAUUUGGCAGCCCCAAGGUUGCUAGGGGCAUCACCUUUCUGUACCGUGGUACCGGAAUCGACGUUCUUGACCUUCUAG